GCAAAAGAAAACACACAGUAAACGGUCUGUGUGAGAGAGAGAGAGAGAGAGAGAGAGAGUCUACCGCCGAUCGCCGGUGACUCUUCUUACUUACAGGUGAAGAUUUAUUAAUCUGCAAUGUCUCCUCCAUCAUCAAGUCCUCAUGAAAUUGAAAAUGUAUACUGGACAGAUGAAGGCAUCUGUAUGUCAUUGUUAGAUUUCAAAAACGGAAAAUCUCUACCCUCGAAUGUAGAAUCUGAAGUAAAUCCUUACAAGUAUCGUCCCCAAGAUCUACCUGGUGACCUGUGGUACUUUUGUUCAGUUGUGAAAACUGAAUCAGAGUUCGGAUUCUGGGUAGAAACAGGGGAGCCAUGCGAGAUAUUCUCUAAUUCCGCCAUUUGUGGUUUCAGAACUACCUUCAGGUUUUACGAAGGGAAGACCCCACAUGAACGAAAGACUGAUUGGGUGAUGCAAGAGUACAAAAUCAAUGUGAACGAUCAUAAAGCACUAAGCAGAAUAUUUUUUGCAGUUGAAAACUCGUCGGAUAUGGAAUGUAUUUUGACUGGAGACUUUUUUGAGUUGAACGAUCUUGUUGAUGCUCCAGGUUCAUGUUCUUCGAGUUCUGCAAAUUCAAGUUGUUUGACCAUGACAUCAGAUGAAUACUUUGACUCAAUCGCGUUGUUACAACAACUAGAUGAUGACGAAAACAUGAAAGAUUCAAGUAUCAAAUUCAAUCUUUCUGCAACUAUAAACUCAAAGCUAGUCAUAUGCCCCACCACUACAGUGUCUGUUAAAAGCGAGACAUGCGAAGCAAAAGAGGAGGAUAUGAACAAAAGUACUUCAAUUGGUGUUAUAAACACAAGUACAGAAUCUUCUAGUAGUAGUUCUGAAGGUAUGUUUGAAGAGGACAAGAAGGAGAGUGUUAGUAAGAAGAAAAGACGCAAAAUGAUGAAGUACUUUUGUUUUUUGGCAUUUUGAGCUUUGAGGGGUUGUUAGGAGGUCGAGUAAAUUAAUGUUUUAUUCUUUAAAACAAGACACCAUGACAUGAGGGAUGGAGGAUUUGAUACUGAUGUUAAGAAGAGGAGAGGAGGGUAGCAUGAUUUACAUGCGUUGUAAGAUAAAUUGUAAAUAAUGUUUCGUGUUAGAGAAUAGAGAUUGUAAUGAC